AUGCAGGGCUUCAACAUGGGGCGGUACUACCCGCCCUCCACCGACACAGCACCCACCUUCAACCAGUCCUCGCACCCCUUAGGCGCCCGCGCACGAAAAAUCAGCUCCGGCAUUCUCACCGUGCGCUUCGAGCUCCCCUUCGCCGUGUGGUGCGACACGUGCAAACCCGCGGCCAUCGUCGGACAGGGCGUGCGGUUCAACGCGGAGAAGAAGAAGGUCGGGAACUACUAUUCGACGCCUGUGUGGAGUUUCCGCAUGAAGCAUACGGCGUGCGGCGGGUGGUGGGAGAUCAGGACGGAUCCGAAGAAUGCGGAGUACGUUGUUCAUGCGGGGGCGCGGAGGCGGGAGUACGGGGAUGUGGAGAAGGGGGAGGGGGAGAUGGCGAUGCUGACGGAGGCGGAGAGGGAGAGGAGGAGGGAGGAUGCGUUCGCGAAUUUGGAGGGGAGGGUGGAGGGGAAGCAGAGUGAGAGGGUGGGGAGGGAGAGGGUCGAGGAGUUGUUGGAUGCGAGUAAGGUUUGGGAGGACCCGUGGACCAUGAAUCAGAAGUUGAGGCGGGAAUUUCGGGGGAAGAGGAAGGCUGCUGAGAGGGAGGAUGGGAUAAAAGAGGGGAUUCAAGAGAAGUUCAGCUUGGGGUUGGAAAUCGCGGAUGAGGUGGAAGGCGACGCGGCCAGGGCUAGGCUUGUGGAGUUUGGAGCGCAUGAUGGUGGUGAUAGCGAAGCGGAAAGGAAACCGGUGUUCGCCAUUCAAAGGACCAAUGUCAACGGAGCAGCAGAUGAAAAGUCUCUCUCCAAGACGAAGAAACUGAAGUCGGAGAUCCAUGCAGAGAAAACCCGCAACAGCCUUCAGCAAUCACUCGUCGGCAACACUCGCGCCAGCAUCAACCCUUUCCUCGAUAAAUCCAAGUCCUCCUCCGCAAAGGUCGACCUCGGGAUAUUGAAACGCAAGAGG